GCUUUCCAAUAACAUUCCAAUUCCCACCACUUUAACUCGCUGAGGAUAAGGACGCAGCGCACUGCGCACAAAUUCCCCUUUCCCCGCAAGAGAAACCCUAAUUUGCUCAAACACGCUAUAAAUUCGAUACUCUCUCUCUCUCUCUCUUCGAUUGUCAAGAUAGGAGCAAACAUCGGGAAUCUUCAAAGGGUAAACCAGAGAAAUUCGCCUUCGCUAUCGGGUUCUAUCUUAUCCCGCCCUUUCCGGCGGUUGGUUGAGAUUUAUCUGUUUGUGCGCCUCUGAGCUUUUAUCUGGCGAAACGUGGGGUGGCUGAUAAAGCAGGUGGAACUUGGUAGGUUGCGGGGAGUUUAAAUUUUCUUCUUCUUUUGGUUCGUCGGGGGUUUUUUUUUUUUUUUUUUUCUUAAGGAAUCAGAUGUCGUUUUGGAGUAUUGUUCAUGAUAUGAGGGAGGAAAUUGGGAAUAUAUCGAGGAAGGGUUUUGAGGUGAAGUAUGGGCUAAGGUCGAGGUCGCAUCGAGUAGUGCAUGACGAGGUGAGGCCUAUGCCGAUCGAGGCGCUGAGGCAGAGCUGUUGGGUGAAUUUGCCUCCGGAGCUCCUGCGUGAUGUUCUGAUGCGAAUUGAGGAGUCUGAAGUUGCUUGGCCUGAAAGGAAGGACGUUGUUGCGUGUGCUGGUGUGUGUAGGAGCUGGAGGGAGAUCAUGAAGGAGAUCGUCAAGACCCCAGAAAUUUCACAGAAGCUGACGUUCCCGAUUUCUCUUAAACAGCCUGCUCCAAGGGAUGCCCCACUACAAUGCUUUAUAAAGAGGAAUAGAACUACUCAAACAUACUACCUUUACCUUGGUCUAACCCAAGCCCUAAUGGACAAUGGAAAGUUUCUACUUGCUGCACGCAAAUGUCGACGUGCCACAUGCACAGACUACCUUAUCUCAAUAGAUGCUGAUAACAUGUCUAAAGGAAGUGACGGAUAUAUUGGGAAGUUGAGAUCAAAUUUUCUUGGUACCAAAUUCACAGUUUAUGAUUCUCAGCCUCCUCAUGCGGGUGCCAUAGCCUCAAAAGGACACUUCAAUCGCCUGGUUAGCUCCAAACAGAUCUCUCCUAGGAUUCCUGCAGGAAACUAUCCAGUUGCACACAUUGCUUAUGAGUUGAAUGUAUUAGGGUCAAGAGGUCCUAGGAGAAUGAACUGUGUCAUGGAGUCCAUCCCUUCCUCUGCAGUGGAACCUGGAGGAGUCGCACCGACGCCAACUGAAUUUCCUCUUAACAGCAUUGAUUCUUUUUCAUCAAUCCCAUUGUUCAGAUCCAAAUCAACUUGUGCACCCAGCAUUCCUCCAGGCCCUUUAAGUUCUCCGAAAGAAAAAAAGUUGAUCUUAAAGAAUAAGUCCCCAAGGUGGCACGAACAGCUUCAGUGCUGGUGUCUGAACUUCCGGGGGAGGGUAACUGUUGCAUCAGUAAAGAACUUUCAGUUGGUUGCUUCAGGAGAAUAUGGGCCAAAUGGACAGGAUUAUGAUAAGGUUAUACUUCAAUUUGGAAAAGUUGGAAAGGAUUUGUUCACUAUGGAUUAUGCAUAUCCAAUUUCAGCAUUUCAGGCCUUCGCCAUCUGCCUCAGUAGCUUUGAUACCAAAAUAGCUUGCGAAUAAAAUAAGUCUACAUUCUCCGGAAAUCCUAAAUUCUUAGAACGCAGGAAAAAGACUAGUGGUGUGAUGUGAUUGGAGAUUGGUGGCCUUUUGAACUUGUAUAGUGAUUUUCUAUUGUAUAUAAACUGAUACGAGUUUGUGUUCUUUUUCUUCUGUGAGAAUCACAUAGUGUUCUGUAAUGCAGAACUUAGUGAAUGCGAUAGAGAUUGAAUUACUACUUUAUUUCUCUGCCUUGUUUGCAACAUGCUUGCAACUUUAGUUUUGUAUUUUUUUUCCUUGGGGAUUUACACGCA